CUUGUAGACGUUAUGACUUCAAAAUAUGAAUUUCGGACUGUUAUGGUUGAGGGGAAUAUAGGGUGUGGAAAGUCAACAUUUUUGCGUUACUUUCAGCAGCUUUCUCCUAAAAAUGAAGUCAUGCAUGAACCGCUAUAUUUAUGGAAAGACGCUAGAGGCUAUGAUCUAUUCGAACUUAUGUAUCAUGAUCAACGCCGAUGGUCUGUUCCUUUUCAGGCUCAGGUCCUUGUGACAUUACUAGACCGUCAGUCGAAACCACCAACUAAACCAAUACGCCUAUUGGAAAGGUCAAUCCAUAGCAGUCGGUACUGUUUUACAGAAAAUAUGCACAAUAAUGGGAGUAUUUCAGAUGCUGACUAUGAAGAGCUCCUCAAAAUUUUCCAAUGGAUAUUGAAGAAUAAAAGUGGACCAGUAGAUCUAAUCGUAUAUUUACGUGCAAGUCCAACUGUUUGCUUCGAGCGUUUACGUGCUAGAAAUCGUUCUGGUGAAGAAGAUAUUCCUCUUAAAUACCUUGAAGAUUUGCAUGAAUUACAUGAAGCUUGGUUAAUUGAACGCCGUUUCGGUCAGCUACCUGCUCCUUUAUUAGUGAGUGCUUACAUCAAUGGUAUUAUUGUGCUUUAGUCAUCAAACACAUUAUGAUACAAGGUUUAUUUGAAUAUAAAAACUGAUCCAUCUGACUAGAUGCCUUCUGUCUUGUGGUAUGUUGUUUUUCGCCUUAAUAUUAUGAAAAUGUAGUCAUUGUUUCUUUAAGUUUUGCCAGUAAAACAAUAAAUAACAUAAAUAUCCGAACUUUAUUUCAAAAUGAUUUUUGUCAGGGACUAGUCUACUACAGUCAAAUUCAGUUGUACAGGGAAUAAAUAGUUAGGAGUUAUAUAUAAGUAAAGAAACCUUUGUCACCUAACUGACCAAGUCAAUGCUUAUUUAUUGAUGUCACACUCCGACAUAAGCUAAUUAGUUGUUUUGUUCUAGUACAAUACCUAUCAUCAGUGUGCAUCCACGACCUUCAC